CUGAAAGAACCGGGAGGGGGACAUUGUGGUAAUUUCGCUUAUAUCUAUUGGAGUCAUAUAUAAGACUCCCCAAACCCUAGUGUAAGCUUCUUCCUCAGCCUCUGUAGCGCGCAGGUUUGUGAAUCUCUCCACCAAAAACCCUAAUGGCUCCAGCUAAAGUUGAUAAUUCGAAGAAGAAUGAUCCGAAGGCGCAGGCAUUGAAAACCGCGAAGGCGGUGAAAUCAGGUUCUACGUUCAAGAAGAAGGCGAAGAAGAUCAGAACAAAGGUUACGUUCCACCGACCGAAGACACUGAAGAAGGAUAGGAACCCUAAGUACCCUCGCAUCAGUGCGCCGCCGCGGAACAAGCUCGAUCAUUACCAGAUCCUCAAGUACCCUCUCACUACCGAAUCAGCCAUGAAGAAAAUCGAGGACAACAACACUCUUGUCUUCAUCGUUGACCUGCGCGCUGAUAAGAAGAAGAUCAAGGAUGCCGUGAAGAAGAUGUAUGAUAUUCAGGCCAAGAAGGUCAACACCCUGAUCAGGCCUGAUGGCACCAAGAAAGCGUAUGUUAGGUUGACGCCAGAUUAUGAUGCAUUGGACGUAGCUAACAAGAUUGGGAUCAUUUAAAUUGGUGCUUGACUUCACCAUUGUCAAUUUGCUAUUUUUAUAUUUUAGGUAGUUUGUGGUUAUUGUUGACGGGAACAUUUGAAAGAAGGGUAAGUUCUGUAUUUUCUUCUUUGUUAUUUGGUGUCUUUUGCUGUAAUUGACACUGAGCAAACCUAGUGUUUCAAUUUUGACUGAGGAAUUAUUUAAAUUGAUUAAAAUGAGCAUCUCGUCAUCCUCUAUUUUUGGUGA